AAACGACCCCUUAAAGCUUCACGACUUGUGAGAAUUUCAACAAUCGACUCGUCAUAAGAGGCUUUCAGUACAACAGCUAACAAGCACAAUAUUGUAAUUUUCACGAGGUCAAAUUCUGUGAGGGUAGUUUAGUCAUUUAAUUUAUUCACAACGGCUACUUAUUUGCUGGCCGUUAGAUAAAAUCAUAGCCAAUCAAUCAGUUCACUGCACACUCCACUAGGCGCCGCUGCCAUUUGCCACUCUUUGCUCUGUGCUUCCUCUCUAAAAAAAAAAAGAAAAACCCCCCCCCCCCCCCCCCCCCCCAACAAAAAAAAAAAAACCUAACUCUUUUGAUCCCCAUUUUCAUGAUUUGGGUUUUCUUCAACAGCCAUUAGGUUUUUUCUUUCAAGAAAAUUCUAGGGUUUUCUUCAUCCAUUUCAAGGAAAAGAAGAUGGCUGCUGUCAAGGAGAAGUUAAACAGCAUUUUCAAGAAGAAGACCUCACCAAAAGAAGCACUGAGGACUAGCAAAAGGGAAAUGUCUGUUGCUACAAGAGGCAUUGAACGGGAGAUUGCAUCUUUACAAAUGGAGGAGAAGAAGUUGGUUGCAGAGAUCAAGAAAACAGCCAAAACAGGAAACGAGGCCGCCACAAAAAUCCUAGCUCGUCAACUUGUGCGCCUGCGACAACAAAUUGUAAAUUUGCAAGGUAGUCGUGCCCAGAUUAGGGGUGUAGCAACUCAUACGCAGGCACUAUAUGCUAGCACCUCUAUGUCUACUGGGAUGAAAGGUGCAACUAAAGCGAUGACUGCCAUGAACAAGCAAAUGGCACCUGCAAAACAAGUUAAAGUGAUCAGAGAAUUUCAGAAGCAGUCAUCACAGUUGGACAUGACAAUUGAGAUGAUGUCUGAAUCCAUUGACGAGACUUUGGAUAAAGAUGAAGCUGAAGAAGAAACUGAGGAGCUUACAAACCAGGUGCUGGACGAGAUUGGUGUUGACAUUGCAUCGCAGUUAUCUUCAGCUCCAAAAGGUCGGAUUGCAUCGAAGAAAGUUGAAAAUGUUACGCCCGCUAGUUCUGACACUGCUGCAGACGUUGAGGAACUUGAGAAAAGGUUGGCCUCUCUUCGAAGAAUUUGAUGAAGAACGUGCAUAUUUGUGGACAACUUUUUAUAUGUGAUCAUUGUAUAAAUUGGCUUUAGAAUUAUAAAUAUAGUAUGUACCAUGACACAAAUUUGUAUUUCUCAACUAUUUUUUCUAUAGCACCAAACAUCAACAUUUAUGCUGUGAGAAUGAAAUGGGAUCCUCUUUGGGUUA